ACAAUUGCACAUUUUAAAUGAAACACACGCCUCUCCGUACACGGAAGAUUUUAUGAAUAUAUAAUUUCCAGAAAUAAUAUAUAUUUUAUACUAACAUGCAGGGCUCGUAAGUAAGAUACAUGGUAAAAGUGACGUUAUGGAAAGCGCGUGGGUUGUUCUGUUUUGGAUUGUGGCUUACGGUGUUGAAUCUAAAGUUCAAAACGCUGCUCCAGUUUUCUCAAAACCCCAGACAAAUGACCAACAGACUUCAUGCUUUGAAAACAUUGGCUUAUCAUUGAGCAUAUACCGCGUGUCCGCAAGUGACGCUGAUGGAGAUACUGUUACUGUGGGAUUCCACAGCCAGAACCCACCAGAGCCGCCAUUCCAAUUAACGAAAGCAAUUAUUGGAUGGAAUCUGAUGACUCCAGCAUCGACCACGAUCGACCGAGAAACUACACCAACAUUUAGAUUUGUAUUUAGUGCCACCGAUGGUACUUAUACUGUACAAAGCGUUGAGCUGACUUUGAUUUUAACGGACCAGAACGACAACAGCCCCCAGUUCACCGCCAUCUCGUACUCAGCUUCUGUCUACGAUACAGCGUCUGCUGGUGCAGUCAUAUUAACAAUACACGCCACGGAUGCAGAUGUUUCUCCAUCUAUUACGUACACAAUAACAGAGGGAAAUGUCGCAGGAACAUUUUCCAUAGCGUCAGACACUGGAGAACUGAAACUUGACACACCUGGCAACCUCAACCCAGCAACCCCAGCCACAUAUAGCCUUACCGUAGAGGUCAGUGACGGUACAAAUACCAACGCCACUACAGUGACCAUACAUGUUUUAGUUACACCGACAGUUCCCGAAGUUACAUAUGACGGAAGAGUUAUUGACAGCAAAGUUUUCAAUGUCAUUUACAAACGCUCAAUCGAGCUUAUGUGUAAAAGUUAUGACAAACCUACUCCGUCAAUAUACUGGCUAGAUUGUCAUAAUGCUAUUGUCCAUUCCACAACACUAGAAAUAACCGAUCCAACGUCCGGUAUCUACACGUGUGUGGCAGUAAAACGGAUGCAGCCUUCAUAUGACCAGGUUAUACGUGGACAGUCUGAGAAGUUCAUUCCCGUAUAUGUAUUACUUCCACCGACUGAACCCAUCUUAUCCAUGGACGGAAGUCGAGUUGACAAUACUACACUGAGUAUUAUGAGUGGAAACAACGUGUCCAUAGGGUGCGCAAGCAAUGGCUACCCUAGUCCAACUGUACGCUGGGAACAUGGGUUUAAUAUUUACAAUGGCAGCUUUCUAAACCUUACAAACAUUAAAGAGACCGAUGCAGGAACGUAUAUGUGCGUUGUUGAAAACACGAUGAACCCUACGUUUGGACUUGAAACAAUCGGGCGGUCUAAUCUGUCCUUACAGUUAAUCGUACAAAGUAAAUAA